CUUUUUUCCUUUUUUUUUUUUUACAUCUUCCAAAAAUAAACGCACACACACACUACAAAAAAAAAAAAAAAAAGAAAAAUUAAAUUACAAAAGAAGAAUAAAUGACAAUUAUUGACACAGAUAUCAUUUCGGUGACGCCAACGAUGGAAGAUAAAAAAUCUUCUGGGUUAGACAUGUCAGAAAGUCUAUUCGAAUUAGAUUAUGAUUUAUUACUGAAUGAUACAAGACACGCAGUCAACAAACACUUGUUUGAAAGUUUUUUCCAUGAAGAAGAAGAAGAAAAUAGUAGUGAUCAUUCUUCUAGCCUACCUUCUUCGCCACUAAGCAAGUCGGGCAUACAACGACCCCGAAUCAUGCAAUGGGGACCUCAAGAUGGACACCAAGAUUCUACCAUUGUCUCUAUUGUUUUAGAACAUACACAAGAAACAGGUCCAAUGAAAAUCGUUUUUGGUUCAAUCACAGUCGAAACUGCUCAACAACAACAUAGGCUUGUCAAUGCAAACUCUCAUGAGAAUUCAGUGUGGAUUACAUUAGCUGCAUCUGUACCUCCGUUACUAGACACCAGAUCUGAAUCAAACCAAGUUCAACUCUCCGUGUGUGCAUUUGACCCCCUUGAUCCUGAUCUUGCUAUAGAUACGUGGGAUAUUGGUCAUUUCAUUUAUCGUGAUAUCCCCAAAGUUUAUCCUAAAAGAGCCCUGUCGAAUGAGCCUGAAGAAACCAGAAAAAAGAGGACAUUGGAUAUAAAGCGAGACAGUGAUGUGGAUUCUCAACUAUUAAAACUGUUGGCGCCUUAUGAUCCUCUUUUAACUGCUGUUCCUUCUUCUUCUGGAGAAUCUCCUCAUUUAAACCUUACUACUCCUCAAAGCGCUGCAUCAGCUUCCUGGAUGUCUUCCCCUAUGGAUGACAAUCCCCAACAAAACUAUUCUCAGGUAAAUCUUCCCCCUUCCAUCAACAUCAUCAAUAACAACAACAACAACAGCAGUAUCCAUCAAAUGAACACCCCUUUCCCUUCUUCCAGCAAUAAUAUCAUGCUUCAACAUGGCUUGGUUAAUAGCAGACCUCUACCUUCUAAUCAUCAUCUCUAUGGACAACAAAGUCAGUAUAUGUCUCAUCCAUUGCCUCCCAAGGAAGAUGUCUAUCGAGAUUACCUAGAUGUUCAAGAACAACAGCAACAAGAACGUCAAAGACAAGCUCAUGCCUACUCUAUGGGUCAACAUCAAUUCAUGUCACAAGCCAUGAACACUCUUAUGCACACUAAUUACACAAUUCAUCCAUUUGAUCCCUCUUCCGAUUGCCAUACGAAUAACCCUGUCCUCUACAAUAUGACAGAGGGAGAAAAGCAAAAUCAACAAUUUCAACGACUUCAACAACAAAGACAGCAACGCGAUCUCAUGACGCAAUACAAUACGAAUAAUAAUACACGAAGAGCAUCUGCACCUGUAUCCUCUUACUCGAUCACCAACAGUAAUAGUUGUGCAUUGAACAAGGCCCAUCUAAAGCUCAAUGGUGACCUUAUGAAUAUGAUCACCAACUGGUCUAUGCCGGAAUGGCAAUCGGGUAGACGUCUUGUUCAAUUCUGGCGUCAUGCAAACACGGGAGCGGAUGGACAACUGUCACUGGUGGAAUGUGGAUUUGAACCCAUGGACCAACAGGUGUAUCAUCAACAAAGAAUGCGAGAUAAUGUUGCUGCUGUGGCUGCUGCGGCUGCUGCUGCUGUGGCUGUCUCUAAUGCAUCACCAUCACUACACGGGAUGAAUAAUAACAGUAGUCGACCUACUCCCAUUGUAAUUUCAUGUAUUUACUGGCGCGAAAGAAAUGAUUACUUUAUCACAUCUGUGGAUUGUAUCUAUCUAUUGGAAAGUUUGAUUGGAAUACAAUUUACGGUAGAAGAAAAGAAUCGUAUUCGACGUAACCUUGAAGGAUUUCGACCCCUGACUGUUUCGAAAUGUAAAAUUGAAUGUGCGGAUUUCUUUAAAUUGAUCAUGUCCUUCCCGCAUCCUAAACCACGUAACAUUGAAAAGGAUGUCAAAGUCUUUGCUUGGAAGACAUUACCUCAUGCUUUACGUAAAAUCAUCCGAAAAUACACACCUUCUUAUAUUACAUCUGCUCCCUUGGAACCCAUCCACCAUCAUCCACAUCAACAACAACAACAUACUCAAAUGAAUCGAACAAAUCAUCCUUACUCAUCCAACAUUUUUUGAUCAAAAUAAGACGCAUUCUCUACUAACUCACUAUGGCCAAAUUGACAGUGUCAAUUUGAAAAAAAAAAAAUUAUGAAUUUAACUAUGAAAAUUAAAAAUAUAUAACAUCUAUGUGUACAUAAUAAGCAACAUUUCAUUAUCUAAUUAUUCUCUACCCUAUUCUUCUUUUUCAUACAUACAAACAUAUAUUUUCUAUCUGUGUAGUCUUAACACAUCUACCCCCCCCCAUUCACUACUAAUAAUAAUCAUCAUUUAAUAAAAUAAGUAAUUUUUUACACGGGUU